CCACUAUGCCGCGGGCUUCGCUUGGCUUACGAUGAGUGGGCUUAGGACCAAGUCUCCCAUACUUUAUGCUCAUCAAUGAGUUCGACGAUGAAUUCUGUCCAACGGCUACAUCGAAUAAGCAUAUUGACAUGCUAUGGUGGAUGAUCUUUCUAAAGAGCUUUCAACUGAUUUCAGGGUCAUCAUAACACAUUUUCGUUUCGUUGCGAUUCGAUUCGAUCCUGAGCCUGCCAUGUUCGAACUGUUAUAUGUCUGCACCGAGUCGGUUCCGAGGGAGGGGCCCGGCAGAAUCGUGGAUUUUAUCCUUUUACUGAUUACAGGUCAUUUCAUUCUCCAGCGUCGAUUCGCAUCUGGACCACUCAGUGGAUCGCGACCUUGCGGAACGAGUCAAUGUACACAAAGAGUGUUGCCUCCGCCAAUUGAUGUGGGACAUAGCAAUUCAUGGAGCGCUCCUUCCCUCACAUUCGGGUAGCACAGGUAAUUCAAUCCCUGACGGCUUUGUGUGGAACAUUAUCCCUCGAGGAUCUGAUUCCUUUCAUCUACAGGGGUUAACCCAAUGUCAGCAGUCUACCGCAAAGUCGGGUAGGACAAGCCAGGGAUGCAUCCGCUAUUCAUCGUUUGGUUUCGAGUUACAAGAUGAAUUUGUAUGCUGGG